GAGGCGGAGCCUGGGCUUGGGGGCGGGGCGGGGCCUGCGCCUAGGGGGCGGGGCGGGGCGGCGCUCUAGGCCGAGCGGGAGGUCGGGGCUGCGGGCGCUCGCUGGUGGUGGACCCGGAGGCGGCUGCGGCGCCGGGGCUCCGUAGCCUGGAUUGAAUCCGAUCGGUAGCCAUGAGCGUGGACAAAGCCGAGCUAUGCGGGUCUCUGCUCACCUGGUUACAGACGUUCCACGUUCCGUCUCCCUGUGCCAGCCCUCAGGACCUGAGCAGCGGCCUUGCCGUAGCCUAUGUGCUGAACCAGAUAGACCCCUCCUGGUUCAACGAGGCAUGGCUCCAGGGCAUCUCGGAAGAUCCGGGUCCGAACUGGAAGCUGAAGGUCAGCAAUCUGAAGAUGGUCUUACGGAGCCUAGUAGAGUACUCCCAGGAUGUCCUGGCGCAUCCUGUGUCAGAAGAGCACCUCCCAGAUGUGAGCCUCAUUGGAGAGUUCUCAGACCCGGCAGAGCUCGGCAAGCUGCUUCAGCUGGUGCUGGGCUGUGCCAUCAGUUGCGAGAAAAAGCAAGAGCACAUCCAGAGAAUCAUGACGCUGGAAGAAUCCGUUCAGCAUGUGGUGAUGGAAGCCAUCCAGGAGCUCAUGACCAAAGACAUUCCUGACUCCCUGUCACCAGAGACAUAUGGCAACUUUGACAGCCAGUCCCGCAGGUACUAUUUCCUAAGUGAGGAGGCUGAGGAGGGGGACGAAUUACAGCAGCGCUGUCUGGAUCUGGAGCGGCAGCUGAUGCUCCUGUCAGAGGAGAAGCAGAGCCUGGCGCAAGAGAAUGCAGCGCUGCGGGAGCGGGUGGGCCGGCCUGAAGGCGAGGGUACCCCAGGUCUCACUGCCAAGAAGCUGCUGCUGCUGCAAUCCCAGCUGGAGCAGUUGCAGGAGGAGAACUUCAGGCUGGAGAGUGGCAGGGAGGAUGAGCGCCUGCGCUGUGCCGAGCUGGAGAGGGAGGUGGCGGAGCUGCAGCACCGGAACCAGGCGCUGACAAGCCUGGCCCAGGAGGCACAGGCCCUGAAGGAUGAGAUGGAUGAGCUACGGCAGUCCUCGGAGCGUGCUGGGCAGCUGGAGGCCACGCUGACCAGUUGCCGACGCCGCUUGGGCGAGCUGAGGGAGCUGCGGCGGCAGGUGCGGCAGCUGGAGGAACGCAACGCCGGCCACGCCGAGCGCACGCGGCAGCUGGAGGAUGAGCUGCGCCGAGCCGGCUCCCUGCGCGCCCAGCUGGAGGCGCAGCGGCAGCAGGUGCAGGAACUGCAGGGCCAGUGGCAGGAGGAGGCCAUGAAGGCCGAGAAAUGGCUAUUUGAAUGCCGCAACCUGGAGGAAAAGUAUGAGUCGGUGACAAAGGAGAAGGAGCGGCUGUUGGCGGAGCGGGACUCCUUGCGGGAGGCCAAUGAGGAGCUGCGCUGCGCCCAGCUGCAGCCGCGGGGGUUGAUCCAGGCCGAUUCCUCACUGGAUCCCACCUCCCCACCCGUGGAUAACUUAGCCGCGGAGAUCCUGCCUGCGGAGCUCAGGGAGACGCUCCUGCGGCUUCAGCUGGAGAACAAGCGGCUGUGCCGGCAGGAGGCGGCCGACCGGGAGCGGCAGGAGGAGCUGCAGCGCCACCUGGAGGAGGCCAACCGCGCGCGCCACGGGUUGGAGACGCAGCACCGGCUGAACCAGCAGCAGAUAUCCGAGCUGCGGGCCCAGGUGGAGGACCUGCAGAAAGCACUGCAGGAGCAGGGGGGCAAGACCGAAGACGCCAUUUCCAUCUUGCUGAAAAGGAAGCUGGAGGAACAUUUGCAGAAGCUUCAUGAGGCAGAUCUGGAGUUGCAGAGGAAGCGGGAGUACAUUGAGGAGCUGGAGCCACCCACUGACAGCAGCACAGCCCGGCGGAUCGAGGAGCUGCAGCAUAACCUGCAGAAGAAGGACGCGGACUUGCGGGCCAUGGAGGAGCGAUACCGCCGCUACGUAGACAAGGCCCGCAUGGUCAUGCAGUCCAUGGAACCUAAGCAGCGGCCAGCUGCGGGGGCACCUCCAGAACUCCAUUCCCUGAGGACACAACUCCGAGAACGGGAUGUCCGCAUCCGACACCUGGAGAUGGACUUUGAGAAAAGCCGAAGUCAGCGGGAGCAGGAAGAAAAGCUGCUCAUCAGUGCCUGGUAUAAUAUGGGCAUGGCCUUGCAGCAGCGAGCUGGGGAAGAGCGGGUGCCUGCCCAUGCCCAGUCAUUCCUGGCACAGCAGCGGCUGGCAACCAAUGCUCGCCGUGGACCCCUGGGACGCCUGGCAUCUCUGAACCUUCGCCCCAAUGACAAGCACUGACAGACCUCACAAUCAAGCCAGCCUGGGCUCCACCCACCCUGGCUUCCUCCAACUCACAUGGCGCCCAGCAUUGGGCUUCAGCCAGCUGCUCGAGAGCUUUGAGGCUGUGAUCUCUGCUCUUCCCUCUCCCAGACUGGUGGGGAGGGAGGGAGGGAGGGAGGUAUAGGCCUGUCCUUUUUAGCAAUGUGAUUCUUAUCGUUGAUUCUCUCUCUGGAGUUCAUGUGCUGCCUGGGGAGACUCUGAUUUUAUAUUUGAGAAAAAUAAAGGCCUUCAAUCUGC